GUUUUGUUAUAUUCACAGCUGUUGUGGAUCUUUCAUAACCAAAUCUUGCUAGUUUCGGAAGAGUUUAGUAAUAGUUAAAAUCUUAACAGGAAAAUGAUUUUUUCACAUCGCGCUGGAUUAUGGAAGACACGAUGUAUGCCUCUAUAUCGGACGUAUAUUGCAACACCAACCAAAAAUGCCCAUGCGGCUGUCCAAAGAGAUACUUCUGGGGUAGAAAAUGAGGAAUAUUGGGUGGAACCGCAAUACCCCCAGAUUAAAGAUAAAUCGUUCAAAGGGCAAAAAGAAACCAAAGCCCUAGAAUGGCAGCAAGAAAUUCAAAAUGUUCCAACUGUGGAAGAAAAACUAAUCAAAAUAAAUAUGCCAAGAUAUUACGGUUACAAAGUCGUUCAGAUGAAUGAAGAACGAUUGCCCUACAAUUGCCUUCCAGCCAUUCAAUAUUAUACACGUACUCUUUUCGAGACAGUGGAUAAGGAAAAAGAGGAUGAAAAGUUAUCGUCAUAUGCGAAAUCCGCUACAGCAGCCGUAUUGGAUGCUUUAGAGUUUACCAACGACUAUUUCAGGCAAAAGUACAGAAACGCUUCCAAACAUGAUCCUGCUGAAAGGGAGCGAUUAUUCAGUCAAAUAAUAGUGGAACAAAUUAACAGAGCUUUGAUCAAUAAUCUGUCAACUGAAUUUUCGCAUUUGCAUGAAAUGGAAAUUGACUACAGUGCUAGGCAUGAGGCAUUUUGGGCAGUAGGAGGCAUCGAACCUCCAAAAAAUGUAGUUAAAUCGAAAGAGGGACAAGAAUGGCAAAAGGAUUUGGCUAAAGAACCUAUUGAUCGUUUCAUGCAAUACAAGGGUAGUCCUAUGUUGGUACUGAGACAUCGCCUGCAACUGCAACCAUGGAAAAACGAGAGCGAAUAUAUUAACCUUGAAUUGGCGAAGAAGGUUCCACGUUUUGAAUUCGACCCCAGAACACUAGGCUUCUCAACUGAACACCAGCACGGAACAAAUAUUCCGGGCUACUGGCCAAGCAAUACAAAUAGUUACGGAUUCAUUUCCUACCAAAGCAGGGCUACUUUGCAAAGGCGUCCAUCGAAUUAUGGGCAGGAAGACCAAGAAAAUGCUUUACACGCACACGCAAUACAGUCAAGUUUUGCUUGGCUUUUAGCACAAGCAAAUUAUUUUGGAUUUAAUACCUACUCGGAACUGACAUACCCAUUUAACUGUCAAACCAUUAUAACUUCUGGUAAGGAAUGGUCCUUUUAUGAAUACCAGUUGAACACAGUCUGCAUGCAUGGCAACCAAGUUAAUGAAAAUCCUAGAACAAAUAGUUGUAGAGGAACCAAAGAAAUGGAGCUCUACAAGGAAUUCGAUGAUAGUGGCAAAGUGGUGGGAUUUAACGAAGAAGUUCUAAAACAUUUAAUUCAAUGCUAUGUCAAAAACCCGAACGUUCAAGUGCCUGUGGAAGCACAAACACCAUAUUUGGAUAAAAAUAUAAAGCGAAUUGCUGACUAUACGAAUGAGGAAAAACGAACAUUCCUGGAGGAAGUAUACAAAUAUAUGUCUUCGAAUCGGCCGCGACAUCUAUCUUUGCCAGAAACGUAUAUGUGGGAAAAAAUAUACAAAAUCGACAAUAAAACACGACCACUAGAAGCCAGACGCCGUUUCUUUGAAGUUUUCGUUAACCCUUGGAAGCGCACCAUGGAUCAAUUCGACAAAGAAUAUAUACCGAAAGCUGUGCGCCCAGAAGGCCCAAAGAGUAAAAAGAAGUUUAAACCCACAUACUUCCCAUAAAAAAAUUUGCACUUACAUUGUUAAUUAAGAAAUCAGCGAUUUAUUAAUAAAUUCAAUAUAAAAUACCCACCCAA